AUAGAAUAAUUUAACAGAGUAAAAUAGUAUUAUGUAGUAAAAGUAAGGUUUUUGUUAUUUUAUAUAUUAAAUUUUAGCUUUGGUUAUUAUCUUAAUUAACUUAUUAGCCAAUAUCUAUCUGAUGCUCGAAUUUUAACGUUACCAAUAUCAAAAUAUUUUUUCAAAGAAGUUGAUUUCCUUUUUUGAUUCUUCGCUCGGAACUUCAAAUUUCCUUUUUUUUUUAACCUGGCUAUUUCCUUUUUGAGUCUCUCAAAUUUCCUUUCUGACGCAUCAACCUAACUCUAUAAAAUCUGAUAAUCUCAUAUCGUUCGCUACAAUUUCCUUUUUACCAUCUCCCAUCAAUUUUAUUUCUGCUGUUCUCCACUGUAGUAACUUUCUUUUUUUUCCAAGCAAUUCAAUAUAGAAACCCUAAAAGUAAACAAUGCAAUCAAACGAAGAGUUCAUCAAAUUUCUUGGGGAAGGAUCUUGUGGCUAUGUUCAUCUCGUCCGUUACACUAACCACGACGGCUCUUCGUUUCUCGCGGCCGUAAAGAACUCCUACGACGAAGACUCCGACAACCUCAACAGAGAGCUUCAGAUUUUGCGAGAACUCAGAGGGUAUCCGAGGAUCAUUACAUGCUUCGGAGAUUUUCUGCAAGAAGGUGUCAGCAGCUACGGAAACAGAGUCCACAAAUUGCUUCUCGAGUACGCUUCUGAAGGUAGUUUAAACGCUUUCUUGAACAAUUACCCCGACAGAAAGUUGCCCGAACCAUUGAUCAAAGAUUUCACGCGCAUGAUUCUUGAAGGUUUGGUCUCCAUUCACGGACACGGUUAUGUCCACUGCGACAUAAAGUCCGACAAUAUUCUUGUGUUUCCUUCUCCGACAGAAGAUUCAUCACAGUACGAGGUUAAGCUUUCUGAUUUUGGAAACUCUCUGGAAGUCGGACAAGUUCCUCAUUACUGGGCGAAGGAUUCUCCGUGGGCGGGUACUCCGAUUUACAUGCCGCCGGAGUCUGUCCGUGACGGCGUCGCCAACAAAACCCUAGACUCAUGGUCGGUGGGAUGUUUGGUUCUAGAGAUGUACACGGGCGUGGUUCCAUGGGAAGGCGUUAAACUCAGUGAUAUCGCUUCUCGUCUCCGUUGUGGUGAAGCUCCAGAGAUCCCAGCGAGUUUGCCUUCCGAUGCAAAGGACUUUAUCGAAACUUGCUUGUCAAGGAAACCUGAGGAGAGAGGAAGCGCAUAUGAUUUGAUGUUUCAUCCCUUUUUGACUCGUCCAGAACUUGAAGAAGAGGAGAAGAAAACUGAGGAUAGGAAGAGAAACUCGUUUCUGUUGAGGUUGUUCAAAUUGAGAAUCAGACGAACAUGUUCCAAGAAGAAAUUAAGGACAGAUGUUUCAGAUAAGAAGCCUCUGAACUUGAGGAUGGCCCCACAGUUUAAGAGAACUCUGGACAAAGUCUUGAGUUUUGAAGAUCGAGACACCCACCAACUUCAAUUUAGUUUCUGUUCAGUGUUCACUAAACGUUUAAUAAGUGAUUAGUAUGUUGACUGUUUUCUGUUCACUAGCGUUUAGUAUCUCCAUUUUGGCUGUAGUUUCUAUCGAUUGAGAUUUAGUAUGUGAUUAGUAUAUAGACUAGUGAGAUUUUAUUGAUGUACCCUCUGUAACAAAUGACUCCUAUCAACAUGGAGCAAACCAUAUCUAUAAACGCCAUG